UCCAAGCAAAACGCUGCUGGUGCAACUACAACCACCACCUCGUACAGCUGAAACACCCUGCUUUUAAAGCUGCAAGACCAGAGGCUGAGAGUCAUGACAAGCAGAUUUUCUGCUUGUGUCCUGACUUUACUGCACGUCUCUUGUUUCACCGACUCCUAUGAACCAUCGACACUGCCUGACAUUGGAGACCCAAAGUUUAUUGAGGAAUGUGUGCAAACCCACAACAGAUUCCGGUCUGGAGUGAACCCGCCAGCCAGCAACAUGCUUUACAUGAGUUGGGAUCCAGAUUUGGCAAAGACUGCGAAAGCUUGGUCAAAGAAAUGCCUGUUUAAACAUAAUACGUACCUCAAAGACCCAGGGAAGGCUCACCCCAAGUUUACCCCCGUUGGAGAAAACCUCUGGACUGGUUCACUUCCUGGUUUUACUGCACAAGGAGCCAUCACCUCUUGGUACAACGAGGUCAGCGCCUACAAUUACGACACCAAAACCUGCAGAGGAACUUGUGGCCACUAUACACAGGUUGUUUGGGCUACAAGCUACAAGGUUGGCUGUGCUGUCCACUUCUGUCCUAGGGUGACGUACACCUCCAUAACCAAUGCAGCACACUUCAUCUGCAACUACGGGCCGGCUGGGAACUACCCAAGGCACCCGUAUGAGACGGGAGCAGCGUGCAGCGGCUGCAGUGGUGACCCAUGUACCAACCGGCUCUGUCAAAAUGCCGAGCGUGACAAAGUCAUUAAUGAUUCCAGGUGGUAUCCAGAGUGGGACAGGCCUGCAUGUGACGAGUACUGCAUUGCCGUUAUUGCUUUAAGGCCGUUACUCCUCAUGCUGACGAUUCUGGCCACCUGGCUCAUACCAAAACGCUGGUCUGUGGUACCUGCCAGUGAGUGACACACAUGCAGAAGACCACGAGAGCACUUAGGCCAGCUCAUCCCUUCCCUGCACAGAAGUUACUGGCGGCACAAAGACUGGUGGAGACAUUGCUGGUAUCCAUAGGUGGUUUAGACAUACAGAAGCACUGUCUUCACUGCAGGCAGCAGCUAGGAGAGCUGAUCAGCAGUUUUCUCAUUGCUCAGCACCAGGAACUGGUUUUAAAGUACUCAAUGGGAUGGGUGGUGCAGGCUGUCCAGGCAAAGCAGGCCGACACUGGGACCCUGCCCCAUGCCCCACACACUUUCCUCAGUAGGGUCCGAGGGUGCUCAGCCCUGAGGCCCAUCCCCAGCACACACCUCACCCCUUCCCCUGUGCACUGUCGUUUGACACUCCUCCACCAAGAUGCAGAGGAGCAGUUUUUCCUUUAAAUACUUUCUUUUGGAGACUUUUUGGACUGUGAGCUCAGGCAUUUGAAUCCCAGGGCAAGAAGUGUAUUUUCCCCAGUGCACUGCUGGUAUGUCUCUACGCCUAGAAUUUGGUUUUAAACACACAUCAUCUGUGCCAAGACAUUGUUUCACCUGUGUUUACACAUGAUUAUGUAUCACUGCAAUCUUUCCUGUUUGCUUUUUUUACUUUGUUUUUCCUGAGAAUAAUGUUUCAAACAAUAAAUCAUGA